CCAAAGGAACACAUCCCACUUCAUUCAACAGCCGUCAGUAGAAAUCGCAGUCGAUUAUUUGGUACCGUGUGAACUAAUUUUGCGUGGUUUGAAAUGGGCGCCUUAAACAGUAAGAUAUCGCCAUCCUCGGAAAUACUGCCGACCAUCGAGCAAGGUGAAGGGCCAUUUAUAGAUCCACGUUCACCGACGCUCAACAUCAACAGAAGUCCAAUCCAUCAGCAGGAGGGUAUUGCUACGCGUGCUACAAUUACAAAGGGCAAAAACCUUGCGACGGAACUAACGGAAAUGGAUCCGUCCUUCCACCUACAUACGCCGAUUAACCUCCUGCCGAAGCGUUUCCAAUCGAUCAUCGACCCCCGUUCACCGAGCACAUUCACCAGGACACCGCUGGUAGUAGAUCCGGCUUCGCCAGCUAUCGAUAGCAAUGAUAGUAGCUUAACGACCGUUGUUUCCUCGCUUGCAUAUGAAGACAGUAUCAUCCAGGAGGAGGACAACAUGGAUGCCUCAUUUAAAGACUGUGAAUCUCAACUGCCAGGAAUAUGCAACCUACAAAUUGAGUACGACGAUUCGGCUCCGAUCAUCGAACCGAAGGACGAAGCCAACGAGGACACCGUUUUUGAGGACGCGUUAGUGGUUCCUUUUGCAGGCUAUGAUCCUCGCUCACCGUCAAUCGCUAUUGCUCGAACCCCCAUGGUCCUUGUGCACGAUGAUGCCGAAACGGACGAAGCGAACAACGAACAGCAGGUAGAGAGUGUGUUGAAACUAACGGCGCACACAAAGGAAAUUACGGAAAGUCAACAGUGCACUCCGCCGCAGGGUAUUCAGGGUAGCGCUGUACGGGGCGAGCAAACGCCUAAAAAAGAUAACAUUACCCCGAAGGCAGGUAACCGUACCCCGCUUGGGUGCGUUACUAACACAGGAGGAAUUCGUAAAAUAGCACUCUUGGGCCAAAUGAAGAAAACUAUUGGCAGCGAUGAGCAAAAGCUACUCUCACUUACCAGCAAUUCCAGCAGCGCGGAAUCAAACGUAUCGUCGAAAAACAUUAACCGCUCACGCAUUCCCAAAUUGCGACUGUCAUAAUCAUUUCUCACUCGAUUUUUCUGUAAUUUUAUUUUUUAAUUAUGUUUUACUACGUAGACAAAUAAAUACGAUGGACUUCUCAAAACGAUAA